AUGGGAACAGAUUAUAUUCAAUUAAAUGAAGAAAAUUCUUCAUCUCAUAACCAAAAUUUAAAUAAUAAUAUUAAUGAUAAUAUUUACUUUAACAAUGUAAAUACAACAUAUACUCCUCAAAUUGAAAAAAAAUUAGAUUCACACUAUGACCAAACAUUUUCACCACAAAUCAAACCUAUUAUAGCCGCACAAUAUUCAUUAGAAACGCAACCACCAAAAAUUGUUCUUCAAUCUCCACAAUACUAUCCACCUCCAAAUGUAAAUAAAACUAUUAGUGCUGAUGAUGAUGAGUCUCAUUUUAAUUCUUCAUUAAUUAUUUUUAUUAUUGGUUUCUUUUUUUCUUGUAUAUGGUUAAUUAAUAUCAGAUACUUAAAAUCAAAAAACAAGAAUGCAAAAACUCUAGCCACUGCUUCAAUUGUUUUGUUUAUUAUUUCCAUGGUUUUGUUUUUAAUAUUAAUUAUUUCUUCUGCAGGAGCUUCAUCAACAUAUAGAUUUCAAUUUAAUAAUUUAUUAAUAUUUGGUUUUAAUUCUGAAAUGAUACAUGAUAAAAAUACAUUAAAAAUAUUAAAAUUUUAUAAAUGUAAAAAUUUAAUUUAUGAUGGAUCUGAUGUAGCUUGUGGUUCCCCAACACAUGUAAAUCUAACUCCAAUGUUUAACCCAGAUAUGGCAGGUCAACAUAUUGAAUCAAUUAAAAUUAAAAAUAGAUUGAAUAUAGCUCAAAUUGCCGAACCAGGAAAUCAAAUGAAAAUUGGUCAAUUUUAA